AUCCCCCAACCCCCCAGCGAACCCCACCUCACAAGUCUCCCGUCGAAGCAGCAGCGGCAUCCAUGGCCCCCAAGGCGGAGAAGAAGCCGGUGGCGGAGAAGGCCGAGAAGACCACGGCGGCGAAGAAGACCAAGGCCGAGAAGCGGCCGCCGGCGUCCAAGGAGGGCGGCGAGAAGAAGGGCAAGAAGAAGUCCAAGAAGAGCGUGGAGACGUACAAGAUCUACAUCUUCAAGGUGCUGAAGCAGGUGCACCCGGACAUCGGCAUCUCCUCGAAGGCCAUGUCCAUCAUGAACUCCUUCAUCAACGACAUCUUCGAGAAGCUCGCCGGCGAGUCCGCCAAGCUCGCGAGGUACAACAAGAAGCCCACCAUCACGUCCCGGGAGAUCCAGACCUCCGUCCGCCUCGUCCUCCCCGGCGAGCUCGCCAAGCACGCCGUCUCUGAGGGCACCAAGGCUGUCACCAAGUUCACCUCGGCUUAGAUAUUUUGUUCUCUGUCGUCCUGGUGGAUCGAUGUUGCUCUGUAGCUGUAGGUAGUGGUUCGUACCAUUUCAUCUUGUAACUUGUGUGGGAUCACAUACUGUUUCAUGAUCUGGAGGAAUAGUAACAGUGCUGAUUUAUUCUGUUUCA